GCAGGUGAUGCUCGCAAUACCAGCCGCGCCGGACACAUGAAGGGAUCCAAAACGCAAUCCAGCUCAGCCUUGAGCCACUUCUUAUUGCGAUGGAAGAAAACUUUGAACGCACUUACAGCUGUCGUCUGCGAGAUUAGUGAGGUGUAAUCGAAGUGUGUUCUCCGCUGAUUAGAUUGUCGUAGUUCGGUAUUAUAUACACCUUCUCUAGGGCGAGGGGAAGUUUAGAUCAAUACUUUUAGCGCCAGGAGUAUAUCAUUGCAGCAAUGGCGAUACUUCCGCACUGCUUCAUGUCACUAUUGCUACUGGCGAUGACUGGAACUGGGGCGUAUGCGGAACUGCGUGGGGAACGAAGCGCUGCUAACAUUACCAGCAAUUCCGUACAGUCGAGGAGCGGAACCUGUAUGGUCGCGUGGAUCAAACUACAUGAUCCGACACUGUCUGAUGCCGAGGCCCAAGUGAAACAAGACGUACUGGAAAGCAACGCAGCGCCAAUGGACGAAACAAACACCGCCAGCCAGCGGGUUGUUCUGUUCUCGUUUCUAUUCGGCGGCGUUUCUAAAGCAAGGAGUUUUAUUCAAUGUCUGAGUCGAGAGGAUGAGACAUGUGGCCGUCAAGCACCCUGUGGAGAACAUGGGCAGUGUGUUUAUGGAGCAGUUGCGAGCGCAGGUCACAGGGCUUAUCACUGCAAGUGCGCAUCAGGCUUCACUGGCACGAACUGUGAGAGAGAGGUCUCGCCAUGCUCCAGAGCACCCUGUGGCAAUGCAGGGAGAUGCGUACCUCUUCCAGCUGGAGCUUACCGCUGCUCAUGCUCGAAAUUCUGGACUGGCCGGCACUGCUCUCAAGCUCGCUGGGUUACAAAGGGUGAACUUUCUCCCUUGUCCAACGCAGUCAGAGGUAUUGUUGAUGACGUGUCAAGGAUGACCGUGCGGAUCUCUGACAACUGGAAAUCGACUGAAACGUUUCUACAGGGCAUGGAGAAAAGGCUGAUGAGCAGACUCGACGACCGUCUCGACGCUAUUGCAGCUAACGUUUCAAACAAUACUUUGUCCAUUCAGGCUCUCCUGCGCACAAAAGAGGCAAGCAGGUCGACACAGGCAGCUCUGGGCGGAUGCAAACGGCAGAGGGGUGCUACAACCUACAGAAGCAGCAGAACCCGGGUAGUGACAGCCAACGUUGGCAAUACUUCAUACCAAACUGUUUGCAAUAUGUCCCUGGACGGUGGUGGAUGGCUAGUUGUUUUGAGGUCGCUCGGAAGUGACUCUACUUUCUGGAACCGUGAUUGGGCAGCCUAUAAGAACGGGUUUGGAGACCUGAACGGGAAAUUCUGGCUGGGAAACGACAGGAUACAUAAACUGACGCAAAGCCAGAAGUACGAAGUUCGCAUUGAUCUCGCAACACCAACUGCUACUCAUUUCGUUAAGUACAAUUGGAUGAGAGUUGGAAGCGAAGAAGAACUUUAUCGUCUAACAGUCAGUCGCACGGUAGAGUCGUCCUUCACUAUUCCAGUGGGACAAGGUCUGGAGUAUCACGAAAUGCCAUUCACCACUUAUGAUCGGGACAAUGAUAGGCAAACUCGCCUCAACUGCGCCGGUACGUAUAAAAUUGGAUGGUGGUAUUCCUCGUGUUACUACGUUUUGCAUGAUAGACGAUUCUCAACAGCCUUGGAGGAGCUGACAUUCUUCGAGAUGAAAGUGAGGCCCAGAUUGGUUUGAGUCUUUCUCUUAUGAUAAUUGGUAUUUCAUCUCCCUUUCCCCUCGCCCACUCUCGUAUCUUCUGAGCCUCUAUCUCUGUUCGCCCCGAUUUAUGGUAUAUCACUCAUCAAACAUACAAUCCAUGUGCUCUCUCUCUCUGUUGCUGCUGAUCGUGAUAAGUGUAGGCAGCGGUUUAGUUAAUGCGGUUAGUCUUUUCUCUUUUUUUCGUUUGCUUCUGCUGCCUUACGACACAUUUGGCGCCCAUGCGACCAGAAUGGUUGUGGAAUAAACAUGUACUUACAAUGUUUGUCAUGAAGACAGUGUACGCUUGUACUAACUAACGCCGACAGCAGAGGUCAAGUUUGUUGGCUUGCCUCACCAGCACUUGCUUCAUCUUGGAGUCCCUAC